CGUUACCAACUCAGUCAUAUCAUAAUCAACAGCGUGAUCGAAAUCUUUUCUUUUGAAUCAUUUCCGUUCGAAACACUCACAAUCCACUCCAAGUCCGUGCUAAAUUUUUAAAUUAAUUUAAAUAUAAUUUCGUGCCCCCAGCCUGGUGUGACAUUUCCACCCUGUCAAACUGUCACAACAGAAAUCGAUAUAAUGCAGUAAAAAAACAUCACAAAUCCCACUUACAAUGGAUUUCAACGUGAAAAAAAUUGUCAAGGAUGCGGGGGCUGCCAUCAGCCGCGUCGUCCAGAUGACCGAAGAAAAACUGGGCACGUCCGAAAAGACCGAACUCGAUGCUCACUUCGAAAAUCUCUGGGAACGAGCCGAAAACACCAAAAACUGGACGGAGAAAAUCGUUCGGGAUGCGGAAGCGGUCCUAAUUCCCAAUCCCGGUAAUCGAAUCGAAGAUUUCAUCUACGAGAAAAUCGACAAAAAGCGGCCUUCGAGACUAAGCAAUUUGGAGUAUUUGGGUUUGGAUAUGAUCGAGGCUGGAAAUGUGUUCGGACCGGGAACUGCCUACGGGAGCUGCUUGAUCAAAGUGGGGCAAUGGGAACAGAAGUUGGGGCAGAACGAGAGGGACUUUAUCGGGUCGGCUGCCAUGUGUUUCACACAACCUAUGCGCAAGUUUUUGGAUACCGAAAUCAAGACCAUACUCAAGGAGAAGAAUCUUUUGGAAGUCAAACGGUUGGAUUUGGACGCGUGUAAGAAUAGGGUGCGCAAAGCGAGGAGUAUGUUAGGGCAACCAGCGAAAGAAGGGAUUUCUCCGGAAGAAGUUUUGGAGCAGGCCGAGAGAGAUCUGCGAAUUGCCCAAUCGGAGUUCGACCGUCAGGCCGAAAUAACGAAACUUCUACUUGAAGGAAUCGGUAGUUCCCACGCUGCACAUCUCCGUUGUUUGCAAGAAUUCGUAGAGACUCAAGCACGAUUUUAUUCGCAAUGCACUACGAUUAUGACGGAUUUGCAGCGUGAACUCGCCAGCUCUGUGAAACCCGGCCCUGUCUUGAGACUUAACAGCGAAGAUCUUGAGCCCGUGGUACCUAAUAAUACGCGGGUCUCGUCUCCGGCGGCGUUUACCCCAGUUAUUAUAACGUCCUCGGAUGACUCCGAGUAUUCUGUCCUGUAGAUUAGUUCCAGAGUUUUGUAAAUCCCGUUCGAGAUAAUUUAUUGGAACUUUUUAGAGAUAGUUUUGGGGCAAAAUUCAUUUAAAAACAAAAGUUUUGAAUGGAUUCGGCCUUUACCCCUGACACAGUAAAAAUUAAAUCAAACACCAAAUUAGAGUGAUAAUUAUCUCGAAAGUAUUUAGUGUACUUUUAUAACGCAAUAGUCUGGAGGUCUGUUAAAACUAUUUUUAAUCAAAAAUAUUUGUAGUUCGGGUGUUUUCACGAAAUAAAAGAGACCUCCAGUCACAAUCACCGCUUCUGUAGCUGAAUGCAAUUAAUCAAAACUGUUCACUAGCUUCGCUUCAGCUUGAUUUGUGCACAGAUUUUUAUUUUUGUUUUCUUUUUAUUUACCAACAGUAUGUCCUCGAUGCCUGGUGUCGAUCCCAAUUCUCCCAUAAAUCCUAAACCAAACGAAUGGAACAACGAAGUAUCAAAUAACGGAAUGCGAAAAGCCCGUGUUAUAUACGAUUAUGAUGGGCAAGAUACGACUGAAUUAAGUCU